AUGAUCGGAUCAAAGAUGCUUCUUCACACUAUAUCUUCAUCUUCUCCUCCCAUUCAUCCUCUUCUCCUCCCUUCACUCAAGCUCUCCCCCAAAACAAUUCCUCUUCAGAUACAUGGAAGGAUCAACUUACCUGCAGAAUUCGCUGCUAGAGGCUUACCUGUUUUGAACAAAGCUUCGUUGAAGAAGAAUCUACGCAUAAAGGAAACUACUUUCUUGCUGGGUCAGAGCUUGUUGAUCAUCUCUGCUAACCAAGCAGCUGCAGCGGAGAGCUUUAAGCCUGAACCGGUUUAUGAAGUUGGAGAGUUGUUUGAACUAAGUAUCCAGCUUUCUUACUUGUUGUUACUACUUGGUUUGCUCGGGGUUGGUACUUUUUAUGUGAUUCGUCAAGUUCUUGUCCGCAGAGAACUUGACCUCUCCGCCAAAGAAUUACAGGAACAAGUUAGGAGCGGGGAUGCAAGUGCAACAGAGCUCUUUGAGCUCGGUGCAGUGAUGCUGAGAAGGAAAUUUUAUCCUGCAGCUAACAAGUUCUUGCUUCAAGCCAUCCAGAAAUGGGACGGUGAAGAUCAAGAUCUUGCUCAGGUCUAUAACGCUCUUGGAGUGAGUUAUGUUAGAGAAGAGAAACUGGACAAAGGAAUAGCUCAGUUCGAAAUGGCGGUGAAGCUGCAACCUGGUUAUGUAACGGCUUGGAACAACCUUGGAGAUGCUUAUGAGCAGAAGAAAGAGCUGCCUUUGGCGUUGAAAGCGUUUGAAGAGGUUUUGUUGUUUGAUCCAAACAAUAAAGUGGCUCGGCCUCGACGAGAUGCGUUGAAGGAUCGUGUUAAGCUCUAUAAAGACGUUGUCUCGGUUAAGUCUAAGAAACGGUGA